ACACAUCGCUACGGCACGCCCUUAACGUCAGAGGCUCAGAGGGAUGCUACUCGGCCGGCUAAGAGGCAGAUGGGGGGUUGGCGGCCUCGAACCAAGACGAUGACGCCGCCGCUGCGGCAUCGGACUGCUCACAUGAGCCUGAGGAAGGAAAGGACACAAAAUCGAGAUGCGAAUACAUUCACUUAUCAUGUGUGUCUCCUUGUUGCCUCUCUCACCGGCAGCAAGAGCGUCUUUGUCCUCCUUGCGCUGAUUGUCCACUCCCCGUUCCUUCGCGCUGCCAGCACUCCUGGCCUUCGUGGACGCACAGCCGUCCGAACCGCCGCCCUCCGGGACCGCGCCCUCCCCACUGGGCGGCGACAAUGCGCAUGACUGGGUGUCUGCCUUGGCUAUAGAUGUCGUCGACAAUGCGCAUGACGCGCUCGGCGAGCUCUCUCUGGGUGCCGGCACAGUCAUGUGCUGGAUGGCCUGGGCGUGGGCCUCCUGCAUGACUUGUGACCUCCUUGUCGAGCCCAU